AUGGAAAAAUCGUUGAUGGAUUAUGAUCAAAGCUUGGAAGCUUUAGAGAAGCAACGUGAGGAACUUGAACUUGUCAUGCAGAGAAUGGGCAAGGAAUGGGAAGAAAGUGGUGCUGGUAUAGGAUGGCUGGGUGCACUCAACUUGCCGUCGUCCAGAGAAUCAAGUAGUACAUCGGGUCCGUCAGCUGAGUAUCUUGGAUCACUUCUCAAUGUCAACGAGGAUUUACUGGCACAGAGCCUCUCCAAUACCACAACACCCUCUCCGGCACCUCAUCAUCAACCCACAUCCAUUCCGGGCAUUCCAUUGCCUUUAGCCACUCCCAGCAGUGAAUCCAUCUUAACAACAACGGCAUCUACUACCACAGAGGAUAAGGAUACGACCAACAACAAUGACCAACAUACUUCCUAUGUUACUUCACCACCCAUCACCCCAGAUGAAUCAUUGUUAAAAGGUGCCAUCCAUGAACCAUCUUCUUCUUGA